AUGGGAUUAGAUGGUAAUAUUAUUCAGAUUUGGGAUUCGCUUUCUCUUGUACAAGAUACACUUAAAAUUCAUAAAAAUGCUAUCUCAAUGUGUUGUAGUGAAAAACAAAAUUCUGCUGGAGGAUGGAAAUGGGUGUACUAUGAAAACUAUAUACAACCUGAUCCCAAUGAAAAAUGGAAAGAGAUAGAGUUAAAUUCAGAAAAAUUUAAGGUGUCAUCUCUAGGUAGAGUUCAAUCAAUAAAUGGCAUGAUUACACAAGGAAAUUUAUAUUCAGGAUAUCUUCGAAUUUGUAGAAGAAUCAAAAAUUAUUAUAUUCAUCGUUUAAUAGCACUGGCUUUUUGCCCAAAAGAACCAGAUAAAAAUUAUAAAAAUCAUAUCGAUGGAAAUUCCACUAACAAUAAAGCUUCGAACCUUGAAUAG